UUGUUGUUGUUGUUAGCAGCUAGCAGCCCCGUUAGCUCAGUGAUGGAUUCGUGCCUGGUCAGUUAUAAUGCUUUAUAAAGCUGUGUGUUUUGUGUGUCUCUGAGCUGUGUGUGUGUGUGUAUUGUAGUUGAGGCAGGGUUAGAGAGUGUGUGUGCUCAGGAUGAGUAGGAAACAUCAGCAUUACAAAGGAGCUGAAGUGAGCUGCUGUGUCAAAUACUUCCUCUUCGGCUUCAAUAUUAUAUUCUGGUUGCUGGGAGCAGCGUUCCUGGCUAUCGGACUCUGGGCAUGGGCUGAAAAGGGCGUGCUGUCGAACCUGUCGUCCAUCACUGACCUGGGCGGCUUUGACCCCGUGUGGCUCUUCAUCGUGGUCGGAGCGGUGAUGUUCAUCCUCGGGUUCGCCGGCUGCAUCGGAGCUCUGAGGGAAAACACCUUCCUGCUCAAAUUUUUCUCUGUGUUCUUGGGGCUGAUCUUCUUCCUGGAGCUCACAGCUGGAAUCCUGGCCUUCGUCUUCAAAGACUGGAUCAAAGACCAGCUGAACUUCUUCAUCCAGAACAACGUCAAAGCGUACCGAGACGACAUCGACCUGCAGAACCUCAUCGAUUUCGCCCAGGAAUAUUGGUUGUGCUGCGGUGCCCAUGGGCCGGAGGACUGGAACCAGAACAUCUACUUCAACUGCACGGACCUGAACCCGAGCCGAGAGCGCUGCGGCGUUCCCUUCUCCUGCUGCAUCAAAGACCCGGCUGAAGACGUCAUAAACACCCAGUGCGGAUAUGACGUGCGGCUUGAAGCAGAGCUGGACCGACAGAAGUACAUCUACACUAAGGGCUGCGUGGGACAGUUCGAGAAGUGGCUGCAGGACAAUUUGAUCAUCGUGGCUGGCAUCUUCGUCGGAAUCGCGCUGCUACAAAUCUUUGGGAUCUGCCUCGCCCAGAAUCUGGUGAGCGACAUUAAAGCGGUCAAAGCCAACUGGUGACGCCAGGCCGAUGGACGGACGGAGAGGUGACGCAGAGUGACCGACGUGUGUGGGGUUUAUUUUACAUUUUUUUUAUUGUUAUUGUUUUAAUUUUUAAAACAGCACAGAGCGGAGAUUCUCACCGUUCUCAAGGAGUUUUACAUGCACACUGACGGUCCAAACUGACCUGACUGCCCUAGUUAUGUUUUUUGUUGUUGUGUUUUUUAUUUUUUUUUUAUGUGAGGGAAAAAAAAGGGGGGGGCGGAGCUUCUUAGCGCGCGUGGGCUCAUGCGCUUUUUUUCAGCCUGUGGAAGACACUUCUGGCUUCUAUGCACUCGUGGAUGAUUUAAAAAAAAAAAUAAAAAAUGGUAAAGCUCGGACGGAGAGACAGGGACCUGGACGAAGCCUUACCGCGAUGCACACAAUGUGGACGACGCUCCAGACGCGGACGUCCCCGAGCCAGACGACUUUCGACUCGUUUCCUUUCAACCACUACAGUCAAAGAGACGGAGAAGGGUUUGACUGCGGGAUUUUGCUCGACGAGAUUCUUCGAUCAAGUCCGUCUCUUUUAAAAACUGAUAUUUUUUGUAUGUUCUGCUAGAAUAUAAUAGUGAUAUGCUAACGUUUAAAAAAAAAAAAAAAGGAUCCUGUUACAAUAUGAACAAUGCUGCUUUAACUCGUAGAGGACUUAUAGAUCGCUAUACUAAUCGAGUAAUAUUAUACAUUUUAAAAAAAACAAACAAUUAAGAGGGAGUUUCCACUGAAUCGAUUCAAGAGCCAACCACUACAACAGCCUUCACCUCUUGCAUGUGUUCUCCAUCGUCCUGCUGCCUGGCCUGCUCACAUACGCACAACGUUACGUUCUGGCGGAGGCCCGGUUCCGGCGGAGCUGAUGAACGUUUAGCCAAAGCCACAAAACUUCAUAAAGGAAAAGGUUUUUACAUAAAGGUUGAAAAUGACAAACUUUUUAAAUAACGCAGCUCGCUCCCUGCAUCGCCUCAGCUACUAUAAACCCCUCCCCCUUUUAUAUGACAUCGUUACUUUUGUUGAAAUUGAUUGGCCAGCCUGCUUUCAUUCCAAACAUCACUAUGGACCAACCAGGUUACAGUUUUUCGUUUUGUAUUUUUUUCUUAAUAAUAAAUAUGUGAUUUAAACUUGUAAAUAAAAUCCCGGUGACUCGUUGCAGCUAUACUUAAAAUAAAAAAAAUAAACUUUUAAUAGUUGUUGUAGGUUACGAAACUUUUUCCAAACAAACUGAUUUCCAUAAACGUUUGCUUUAUGAGUGACUUCUUUUUUUUGUAUCCAGUUUGAUCCACAAGGCUCUACACACACAGUGAUAUUGCUAAUCAUAACGCUGACCAGUACUGUAGAACCGCAAAACAUUAGCAUUGUGCAAAACGACGCUGCAGUGUCUAAAUCAUCACACGCUCGUAUAGUAAUCAAGGGCGUGGUCUGAGACAACCUCCUGAGGUUCCUGAGCAACUGAAACAAACUUUUCCCACCAAGAAAAACAGACCAAGAACUGACGAAAAAAACGGUUCCAUGGCGGCACCGACACUUUGCUAAGCUAAAAACGAAAACCCAUUACGUCAUUGGCUGGGGGCGGAUUAUCACGACCAACUAAAAACUUGUGACCACCAUCUUUAAAAAAAUGGACGCAAUAUGCAAUGGGCAGCUCAAAUGCUUUCUAAAAACGAUAAAGCCAGUGAAACUGCUUGUAACGACGUUAAAGUUAGCCAUUGUGUUGUCGUGCUUGCUGUUAGCAUUUUUAUUUUUUUUGCUGCGAGCGAGAAAAUAUGCAGUGACGUAAUGACCCAGCCCUGACCCGGCACUCGGUUUACUUUGCUGGAAAACGAUAUAUUCGAAAAUGGUAUGCUUAUUACAGGUUUACAGGCACCUCACUCGCUAGUUAAGUAACUCGCUUUUUAAUCACCGGUUGCUAUGCUAUAAAAAUCGACCAAAGAGAAAGUCUCGAGUUCAUCAUGGCCAGGUUUGAGUUAGGGGCGUGGCUUGGAACUACUUGCGAAACUGGGAAAUGAAGAUGCAAUACUCAAGUGUGCAAAAGUGUUACAAGUGCGGAGGUGCCAAUAUUUUACUGUAUUCCUUCCUUCUUUUUGGGGGGAAGCGAUACAGUGUGCAGAGCUAACGUGAAGAAUCGCUGAGCAAAAAAGUGUGGCGUGAAAAAAAAAAAAACAUGCUGUAAAAAAUAAAUAAAACGUAUUAGUGGAGCUCAGAAGCAGAAAAGCCAUGAUGAUGGUGGGAGGGGCUUACUAUGUCUCCCCUGUCAAUCACAACGACGCUGGUCAAUCUUGGCCGUCUGUUAGUUUAGGUAUGUUGAAGCGGGCGGAUAGCACUUUCCCUUCGAGAGUGUGACGCUUCUCCUCCCCUGUCACGCAGUGUCAGUGAUAGAAGUGGGAGGAGUUUUUAUCCUCAGUGUAUAUUUUAUACUUAUACAUUCGAUUAAUAUGCGACACAUAAGCAACGAUAGAAGUAUUCGAAAAAGCUUCUUUGAACCUGUAGUGAGCAUGUACCGAGCUGUAAAUCGAGCGUGUGAUGAUUUAACGUUGCAGUGUGUAUCAAAUGCGUAAACUAGAAGUGUAAAGUUUAUGUUAAACUUACUUUAAAAUAGCUGAUGAGAUGAGAUGCAUUCAGGAUUUAUUUGUUCAAUGGGUGCAUUUUGGUGUAUAGGGACCAGGUAUACACACACACUCGCUCAUACCUAGCACAGUCGAGGUUUAUCAUAGGAGGUUUAUUAAACGCGGCUGCAUGUUACCCAGGUGUCGGAGCGUGCCGUCCAUCUCGUUUUGAGUUCUCAGCAUUCUAUCCGUCGAAGAUUUUUACACGCACACGAAGCCGACGCCGUCGUUCGGACGCAUACGCGUGUAAUCCUCAUUUGUUCGCAGCUCAGUGGCCUUUUUUUUUGUAUUCUCUUUUUCAUUUAUUUCUCUGUGAAAACCUGAUGAAUAUAUUUAUGGAUACAAUUGCACACGAAUACACACACACACACACACACACACAAACUAGAGCCCUAUAAAGGUGACCGAGUGCGCACUGCUAGGACCACAUCCAUACUUUGCACAAGUAAGUGCACCCUCGCAGCCUUCGUACGGAGCUGUUCAAAUUGAUUGUUUUUCCGUACGGUUCCUCCAGUAUUUCAUUUCCACACCAAGAUCUCAAAAAUCCAAGUCCACAGACAUUAUCUUUUCCUGAACCACCUGACUUUCAUUUUAUUCUUUUUUUUUUUUUUUUACAGUGUCUUUUACUGCUCUAAACAUCCAGCUCUUACAAUGAUGUCCAACCAUGUCCCAUUUGUAUUUUUUUACUUGUGUGUGUGUUUUCUUGUUUUCCUAACGAUACAUGUCGAAAAAUACGAAAUGUUCCUUUUUAUAAUUAGACUUAAACAUUCCACUUUGUCUUUGCUUUCUCCAUUAUUAUUAUUAUUAUUAUUUUUUAUUUUACCUUCAAUAAUCUGUUUCUUUGAAGAACAAAACAAAAGGAAAAUCUAUGAACGUAACUCCCUGUUUUAGCGCAGAAUAUUUUAAAUAGGAACAAAAUGAAUACAACCCAGUUAUGUGAUAUUAUAUAUGACUAACAGUAUAUGAUGUAUGUGCCACCAAACCUGUGAUAUGGUGUAUAUAUGUAGAGUAUAUAUUAUAUAAGGAGCAAACACUUGUAGGCAUGCUGAUGCGGGAAUAUAAUCACCACCACCCUGACUGGUUUAUGUCCCAGUGUAAGCUGUUGCUAUAGAAACGAUAAAAAGUUAUGAAUCAGGAAACCUGUAAUUUAAUUGACAGCCGGUCAAAAGAAAAAAAUAAUAAAGGAAUCAAUCAAAUCCCUCUGACCGAUCAGAAUCCAGAAUUUACCCCAACGAUGUCCUGUCUCAAGCCUAACGGGCUCACUGUCAGGAUUUUCCUUUUCCCUGCAAAUCCCUUAUUAAUACUUCUCAUCCUGUACGCUGGCUUUGUGCUAAUGAUUAUAGUUUUUACUAAUAAUACACGCACGUGCAUCUUGUAUUACACUGAUUUUACCUACAUAAAAAAUAAUAAUGUAUAUAGAAACGCGUGCGCGUAAACAGAACCAACACGGCGUCCCGAGUCUCUUCAGAACUCUACGGCUCCAAUACGUCCGUCUACGCUCGCGAGACUAAAAGGUAUUUCCUCUCCUUGGACGUUUUAAAGCACACUCACGCCAGUCUUUAAAGGGAACUUUUAGGUCGGUGUAUUUCAGGGGAUCAGCACACGCUGGAUCUGUUAAUCAGGUCCGACGCUCGUCACUUUGUUUCAGUAUGAACCUCAUCCUGCUUAUUUAAACCAAGCCAAAUUCCAGGAGGGUUAGCGUCAUGCAAACGGCACAAUGCUAAACCAUUCCAUGUUUUAUUAGUUUAAUUAAAAAAAUAAAAUAAAUAAAAACGUCAACCUCGGUGUGUACGACACAGCAGGGCCUUUUUAAAAAAAAUCUUUUUUUAGGUAUUUUAAGUAGUGCUUGUUCUAUAUGAGGCCGAGAUGCCGACGUAGUGCAGCUAACGCUUAAUGAAAGUCUGUUUCCUCGUUCCAUUUCUCUAUCAAUCCGCCCAUAUAUAUAUAUAUAUAUAUAUAUAUAUAUAUAUAUAUGAAUUUAUUUUUUCUGCUUAAUUGAAUACCAAUGAUCGCAUAACUACAAUAAUUAUACAAUAGUUCUGAUGAGUUCUGAUGGAGUUAUCUGAUCGGAUAAGAGGCGCCCCACGAGUGAUGAUACGACGGUAACAGCACUGGGAUGUUUGGCUAUAUUUGUCUCUCGGCGUCUCCGGUGCUUUACAAUUGUUAAUUACACAAGCUGUCAGUUGCACCGUAAGUCUGUACUGAGGAGAGAGCAUGUCCCUGCCAAAACCCACAUCCAGAACCAGUCACAGGAGCACUUUCGCAUCUGAUAACGUUAUCAUUUUAAACAACACGUUGUCUCCUAAGUCGCUCCGAAUUGCCUCAGAACUGUCUGUUUUUACGGCUACAACCCUAACGUGCUUCUAACACAAGACUAAAUUCCAAAUCCAGCUCUAACCCCUGAUCAAGGGCUGUACCUGGUGUGUGGAACAAGGGAUUGUACACCCUACAUAGUGCACUAGCUCCCUAUUUAAUGCUAUGUGGGAUUUAACCCAGAAUCCAAAUGUUAACAGAUGAUUGUCGGUCGCAGGCUCCGCCAAUCACGGUUAGUUAGAGAGUCCCUUCAGUAGCUGUAGACGGAUGUGUGUUGGUUAAAUGAACAAACAAAUGAUAUGAAUCUUCUGAUAAUAAAUGCUGUAUUGUAUAAAAGCAAUACCGCACUUGAGGUCAAGGUGUUGUGCUGAAUAUCAGAACGGUUGCGUUGAGGGCGCGGUCUGCUAUUCAUCACAACAGCACUCCUCCUUGUGUGAUUUUUAUUUUAUUUUUUUAAACCUUCCUGUUUAAGCUUUGUCAACCACCGCUUUGAGAGCAUACAUGAUUUGGACCUUUUCAGCUCAAACAGACUUCUGUUAGCUCGUUAGCUGCAUAGUUAGCAGUGGAACAUACCGUCGAGGCUCUGGGUUACUGACUUGAAAGGUCGAGGUGUUCAAAGUCCAAGUACUGCCAAGUUGCCACCAGGGGGCACUGUAUCCUGGCUGACCAUGCGCUCAGGCCCCAGCUUCCUAACUGACAUAUACAGGGAAAAAAUCUAUAUAAAUAUUGCUGUGCUGUAAGUACAGUAAUUGACAUGACAAGGAAUUGAAUCUUAAUCUUAAAGCAAAACACGGCUACAAUGUUCCCGUAAGACGAUGACAUCAUAAUCACAAUCAUCACCCAAACCAAGGGAGCUCCCGACUCUUAACGCAUAUUUUCAUCCAUCCGAGCCCGACUAAUGUGUAAAAAUCAGGGUAGCGCACACAACGAUAUGGUGUCAUGCAUAAGUAUUCGCCCCCACCCCCUUUUCACAUAGUCGCAUCGAAGCCUCUUUGAGUUCCACAAAAUGUAGAGAAAGUCUAACGUGUGUCGGGUGGGGGCCGCAAAUACAGGUUUAAUUUCAAUUCAGCCAUAGAGAUUAUUAUGUUAGCCAGCUUUAGUAGCCUUCGACACUUUUAAAAACUAGUUUUUGUGAUUGCUCUAAUAUGAUCUCGUCAUAACUUUCGGCAAACGUGCGAGAGAAGCGCUUGUUCUCUCUUUCUCUCUCUCUUUCUCUCUUUCUCUUAUUAUAAAAAAAAAGAACUCAAAUAGUUGUUGAAAUGAUCUAUUUAUGCCUCUGGUUUGCGAAGAGGUAGAUCUUUAUGCGUCUUUCCUUUUUUUUUUUUUUUUUUUUUUAAACGUCCGUCAUUGACUUGAUUGUGGGACCUGGUCUGUUACACUGUAUGUUAUAUAAAAUAUGCUCCUUUUUCAUAUUCAAUAAAAGGAUUUAUGACCUUG